AUAUUUCAGCUGGCAAUGGGCUUUUUUUUUUUCUUCCCUUUCCUCUUUUACACAGCAUAAAGCGGGAAGGCUACGUAUAGCACUGCAUUAGCAUAUGAGAAAAUCGAGACAGAGCCCUCGAGCGGAUGGGUGGGGGAUGGGAUGAGUAUUGGGACGGGCUGGCCUGUUGGGGAGGUCAAGAAAGACGGAAUCCACGAAGGGACAUCAGUAAGACGCAUGACCGACAAAACUCACAGAUAUCAAUGCUGAAUGUCUGCAUGUCCACGUCGAUUAUAGCCGCUGUAGCAUCCAUAUUUGAUACUCAAUCCAAAAGAAAAGGAAUUUCAAAAGGGGAUUUAUCAAGAGUUUGCCAAGUCCUGCCCGCAUAUUUGGUCCUUGUCGAGAUGGUGCUUGGAAACAUCAUGAGAGCAGUCUUGCAAAUACUACUUGUGUGUGACACUAAGCUGGUUGCCUGCGUGCUUGUCUUAUAAUGGCGGUUUGGAGCCGGCAGUGUUUACAGUCACUCACAUAUCAGAAGCCUUUUCAUUGUCAAUCGCACCGUAUCCCACGCGGCAGCAAUCUGGAGCCUCUCGGCCCC